ACGGGGAUCCAUAUCCAUCGCGCAUCUCGUUCAACGAGUUCUUUCGGAGCUCGUUCUGUCUGGUAGAAAGCGAAAAAUGGCUUUCAACACGCCUGUCAAGUCGAACUGCAUGUGCGGCCGUGCGGCCGAGAGACGCAUGAUGGAUGAGCGUCCGUCGUCGCCGUUCCUCAAGAGAGCUCUCACUUCAUCUCCUAUGAGAAAGGGGACGCCGCAGUGCGAUCGUUUCAUUCCGAACAGGAGUGCGAUGAAUCCUGAUGUUGCGCGGCUGAACCUGAUGACGGAAACGAAGGAGAAUUCGUCCGGUGCUUCGUUGAAUGGGGCGAUGRUUGCGUCGCCGUGCGGGAAGGGUGAGGAUUAUAAGAAGCAUCUGUCGGAGAAUUUGCUUAAUGAGAAUGUGGUGGGCGAGCACACRAGAAUUUUGACCUUUAAGAGUAAGGCUCCGCCGGCGGCGGCUGCGGACAUGGGUUUCGAGAACGCCGUGCUAUACUCCCAGAACGGGUUUUCAACGACGAAAUCCAGGCGCUCGUUUCGGCACAUUCCGCAGGCGCCAGAGAGGAUAUUGGAUGCGCCUGAUCUCCUGGACGAUUACUACCUUAACCUGCUGGAUUGGAGCGGGGACAAUGUAGUGGCGGUGGCACUUGGGGCGGUUGUGUAUCUGUGGGAUGCUGGUACGGGCACGAUAGAGCAGCUGACACAGCCCUUGGCGGCCGAUGAUUACGUGACCAGCGUAUCGUGGGCUUCGGACGGGCGGCACAUCGCCGUCGGGCUCAACAGCACCAAUGUGCAGUUAUGGGAUGCCACGCGAUUAAAGAUGAUCAGGACUAUGGGCGGGCACAGUGCGCGUGUUGGCAGUCUGGCCUGGAACGGGCACUUGCUCAGCAGCGGUGGUCGAGACAACAACAUCAUAAACCAUGAUGUUAGAAUCAGGGAGCACCUAGUGUCCAGGUUUUGUGCGCAUGAACAGGAGGUGUGUGGAUUGAAAUGGUCGCCUUCCGGGCAGCAGCUGGCUAGCGGCGGGAAUGACAAUAUGCUGUACGUGUGGGAUGCGUCGGCCAUCUCCUCUGCUCAGUCCAACGCUUCCAGGUAUUUGCACCGCCUCGAUCAGCACCUUGCGGCCGUCAAGGCAUUAGCUUGGUGUCCUUUCCAGGGCAACCUGCUGGCCUCGGGCGGCGGGACCGCAGACCGGUGCAUCAAGUUCUGGAACACUCACACUGGCGUGUGCCUGAACAGUAUUGACACUCACUCGCAGGUCUGCGCGCUUCAGUGGUCCAGGCACGAGAAGGAGAUCCUCAGCUCCCAUGGGUAUAGCCAAAACCAGCUCUGCCUAUGGAAGUACCCGACAAUGGCGAAGAUGGCGGAAUUGACGGGUCACACUGCACGCGUGCUUCACCUCGCCCAGAGUCCGGACGGAUAUUCCGUGGUCUCCGGGGCUGCCGAUGAGACGCUCCGCUUCUGGAAGGUGUUUGGAGCUCCAGAUUCAGCAGCUCGGAAUGGGUGGCAGGCUGGCAAGAAGUGCAUCGUGUUGGCCGAUCAAAGUCUCUCGGUGUGCCUGUCAUCGUACGUGGGUCGGUGAGACGAGAUGCAGAAGGCAUCCUUCCCGCAGCUAUCGCCAUGCAGUGGCCGUAUGCCCAAUGAAUUCUUGCAAUUCUG